AUGACGCUCGGCGCGUCGGCGCUCGCGCGCGGCGCCAGGAUCGGGCCCGAACGCGCGGCGCGCGGCGGCGAUCGCGGAGAAGAAGGCGGAGGCGAACGCCCAUCGACGCGCGUCGACGGCGCGGACGCGCGCGCGCCGCGCGAUCGCGCGAUCGAGUUCGAUCGCAUCGAACGCGUGUCUUGGCGCCCGCACGCGGAGGUGUAUCGAGGAUUCUUGACGCGCGAGGAAUGCGACCACUUGAAGGCGCUCGCGACGCCGAGCCUCGGUCGCUCGACCGUGGUGGACGCGAGCAACGGCGGGAGCGUGCCGAGCGAUAUACGCACGUCGAGCGGGAUGUUCCUGCUCAGGGGGGAAGACGACGUCGUCGCGUCGAUCGAGAGGCGCAUCGCGUCGUGGACGCACGUGCCGGAGUCGCACGGGGAAGGUUUCCAGGUGCUGCGGUACGAAUUCGGUCAAGAGUAUCGGCCGCACUUUGAUUAUUUUCAAGACGAAUUCAAUCAGAAGCGCGAAAAGGGCGGGCAGCGCGUGGCGACGGUGCUGAUGUAUCUCACCGACGUCGAAGAGGGGGGAGAGACGAUAUUUCCGGACGCCGAGGCGGGCGCGAACCCGGGCGGCGGCGACGACGCGUCUUCGUGCGCGGCGGGGAAGUUGGCGGUGAAACCGCGCAAAGGUGACGCGUUAUUCUUCAGAAGUCUGCAUCACAACGGGACGUCGGAUGCCAUGAGCUCACACGCGGGGUGUCCGGUGGUAAAGGGGGUCAAGUUUAGCGCCACGAAAUGGAUGCACGUCGCUCCGAUUGAAGACUCGGCGACCGCCUCGGUGCGAUUUGAGCCCGGCGUUUGUAAAGACGUCAACGCGGCGUGCGAGGGCUGGGCGUCGUCGGGUGAGUGCACGAAAAAUCCAUCGUUCAUGGUUGGGCGAGGUCGUGCGAACGGCAACUGCAUGCGCUCGUGCGGCGCCUGCCCGCCCGGCACUCGCGACGAGUAG